UACAGCUUCACGUCGAGGUAUCAUCUUCAUCCACCUCUUCUUCAUCUCUGCCCUAUGACGCCCGUAAUGCGUCAGGGACCCAGGGACAGGCCGCCCCUACGCGCACCAACUACCCCCCAGCAAGGCACCAACAAGCGUCUCAGGCAGGAGACGCCCAAGAAACCACCACCCUUCUGGAUGCUGAACAGGGACCAAUACUCCCCUCCCCUGUCCUCUCUGUCCCCAAAUUUCCCUGCCAUGAGGUCAGACACAGCCAGCAACAUAUCCCAAACUGGCAGCAGCCUUGCACCUCAGGAGAGCGUCACCUCUUGAAGCUCUUCGCCGGAAUGCCAGAUCCAAGGCUAGCUCACAUAAGCCGUCUGCGCUGCCACGGACACUGUAUCCCAGACAAUGGAGACAGAGAAUAAGAAUAUACUGAAGCUGACAGCCCUACUUGAUAAGCAGAUAAAGACCUUCAGGGAAAAUCAUAAUAGUGUAACGGUCUCGAGGUAGUUUAUUCAACUAGCUAGGCCACUCUACGAGUACAUUAAAUCUUGAAGAAAGGAAAGGAAAGACGUGGUGUGGCUCCUGGUGGUCUGUUUACCUAACCUGGGAAUAGUCUGCACGCUACUCGGCCAUUCUCGGGCGCAGUCUUCCACCAAAAAUCUUCCAAAUUGCAGGUGCUCUUUCCGCUUCUGACUCAACUUCAAGAUGAUCAACAAUUAUGUCGCUAUCACGCCCCGCCUCAAAAACAUCGCUUACAAUUCGAAAGAAGCCGACCAUCUGCCAGCGGAUCCAGUCCUAAGUAUUCUCCAUUUCACAUUUCACCCGGGAGUCAACGUCACAGAGCCAUCGCAGCUGGCAUAUGUACUAUGGCAAAAGUCGUUGAAGUUUGUCUCAACAGUCCCUGGUUUUCGAGGGAUGUACUGGGCCACAGUCGACCACACUUCGCCGCAUCAACAGAUCAUCGUUCUAAUUCAGUGGGACAGCGGUAAUGGUUGGAAACUCUUCCAAUCGUCCUUGGGCUUCAGUAUGAUGCUCGGUUAUAUUGAAAGCAUUUCCAACCGUUGUAUUCAGUCUGUCCUUCCUAUCAAUCUUACCAUAUCGGACAGUCUCCUGGGGCUGGUAUCUUUCCGGUUCUCCGAUGAGUGUGGCCAGGAGCCCGGCUUCAAAUCCAAGUGGGAAACAGUUUUUUCUCCGUAUCUGAUCAAUAGUUCUGCCGAGUCUGACUUGUUAUAUUGUUGCGGAGAAUGGCUUGAAGCAGAUCAGGCUUCUGAAGACCGAUAUUUUGUUGGAAUGCUCUUCUGGAAACCAGAUUCCCAAGACGGGCACCGGCGUCAACUGCGACAAGCCAAUGACCACAAUCUCGAGGACCGAAUCGCAGACCUCGUGGAAGAUACGGUGGAGGUAGUCUCGGUCUACACGCACCAGCUCAGCCAAGUGUCUUCCGGAGCUUCUACGUUAGGACUCUCAAACCCCUCCCCGGUCUCUGUGAAUGGGCGGUUUGAGACGAAUCACCCAGUGUUCCGGUCGCAUGUGAAGCCUGAAUACAAUCUUGACGAACACACAUUCGCACAAGGCCAGGAUCAAUGCCAUUUGGAAUCUAUGCGACAGGCGAGACAAACCCCUCGUCAGCGCAUUGCUGGUGGGCCCGCUGGUGUUUGGUACCCCAUGGGGAAAAUCUCUCAACACCAUCUGCCCCAGUCACUUGGCUACAGCUGGAAACCCACAAUGGACUGGAUUUUCUUUCGCGCUCAGCUGGGGCAUCCGCGAGUGGGCGGUCGAUUCGAGGAUCUUCGACGGAAACUCUGGGGGAUGGGGGCUUGUCCCCAGAUUUUCUGGGGUAAAAUCCAAGAGAAUGAGGGAGAUGGUAACCUGAUCUCAUUGUUCAUAGCUCUUGAACACUCUGAACACCAGAAGCCAGAAGUCCGAGCGCAACUCCAACAGUACAUUCACGAAUUCGAGGAUGCGUGUGGGGAUGCGAUUCAAGACCUAUCCCAUAGAGGAACUCCCGGUUUAUUUCCAGGUGUUCGUCGCUCCAUGGACAUGGUCAUUUUUGAUGUCUCUGAGAACGAAAUGGACCAACGCUCAUUUGGAUAUGCCUUCUCCAAUUACCAAGCAACCACCCGUCAAGAGCAGGUCCUCGGAUCUCUCUACAGUCCUUGGUCUGCUUUCAUGCCCCGGUGCCAAGGAUGGCUCAUUGACUAUAAGUCUCCACCACAGCAGAGCGAGCAACCACUGCCUAUGCAAUUCAUCUCCAUCUUCGGGUGCGAAAAGGAAGGGGCUCGCGAAGAGUGGUAUCGCGACUUCGCCGAACGAGCUCAAACACAGUAUGACCUUAUAGGCCAUAUUGUGGAUUGGCUGCGGACUUUAUCCACACGGAUCACUAUCCAACACUUGGUUCUGGAAAAAGAAGAUCCUUGGAUGACUGCAGACAAGUUGGCAAAGGCGCAGCGUCCGCCUCCGCCACUCCCACCAUCCAUUUUCGAUGUACCGUGGGCUAGACAGUCCAACAAGUAGAUAUUUGUGUGUGGACUCUUAUACAUAAUAGAUGUGCCCCCUCCGCAGGCUCAUUUUGACCGGUGAAGCUGAAAGGAUCGAAUGGUGUCAGGAUUUCAAUCGGGGUUCUUGCGAGAAAUGGAGACUGGUUGAUCUGUAGUACCACGAAGGGCACCCAAGUGGUGUUAUACAAAGGGCGCCCGGUGGUAGCGGCAUGCGGCGAAUGAUACACUGCGAGCCGUUCAAUGACAGUUGCGAAUGUUUUGGAAUCAUGUUUGGGACUGUCGUUGUUUCGGCCUCAACUCAACUAUUCCUGUACCUUGAUCAACGUAUGACUCGCAGCAGCUUGGCCCCCAUGGACGGAAUAUCAGUUGAUGCGGAGAAAAGACAAGGAGGUGCCUGUCCCCUAAGCGCAACGUAGACCCUUCUUCUGGACCGAAAACGUCAAAUGUGCAUGGGAUACUCAUAACGGAGCUUCAUUGGGACAGGAAGGAUGGAGAGUACAAGCGAUAUCAGUCACAUCGACACUGUUUCUCGUCUGGUCCCCCUCGCCCCCGCCCCGCAAGAACGAUCUCUUCUGACGCGCCUGAAGGAUCCAUCGAUCCCGAUCUGUCGAGCCCAGUGCGCUCCAACUGCCAAGCCUGUACGCGCAGGGGAUGUGAAGGGAUUAGGUUAAAUUCUUCUUGUGCUGGAGUUUGUCGUGGCGUAGAUUAGCGAAUUCAUAGUCGCUUGCCUAUUCACCAUAAAGCUUCAGUUACCGCUUUAGGAAUAAACGCUCUUCCCAGACGGUACUAGCACUGUUCUUAGGCACCUCGGUAAGUACUGCUAUUGGCUGAGAAUUA